UUUAUGAAACAUGUUACCAUUUUAAAUAGUCGAACCUAUUGGGCUCAGAUGGGAAACUCCCGCACCCCUCCAAAAAAAUAGAUGUCAGUGUGACAAAUCCACUUCCUCGAGCUAUUACUGUUGGGCCUGCUGUUGUCAAUAAAGUUUCAGGCCUUUGAACAGAAGCCGAUAAUCCAAUCCGAUUACAAUGGUGCAGAUGGUUUUGCUUUUAAUCUGCUCGACAUGUCUGAACACGCCGGCAGCAUGGUCGUCAUGCUCGCAGCGCUGUUGCUGUGCGCGUCCGUGGCGCCGCUUUGGGCCUUCGUGGACGAGCUGGAUGACUCGUUGUUGGAGACGCGGCGAAAUGAAGACAUUUGGCUGAUUAAAUUUUACGCUCCAUGGUGCCGAAUCUGCAAGGAGAUGGACCCGACCUGGCACCGGAUCGGCUCCGAGCUCAAGAGCGUCGGAUCGCCGGUCAACGUCGGCAAAUGCGACGCCAUCGCCAAUGCGGGCUUGGCCAAAGAGUUCAAAGUUCGCACCUAUCCCGCCAUCUUCAUGUGGAAGAACGAUAUGAAGUAUCUUUACUCGGGCCCCCGAACCGCAGACGCCAUUGUUGAAUUUGCUAACAGGGUUAGCGGUCCGCUGAUUCGACCCUUGACGAGCCCAGAGCUCUUCCAACACACUUUAAACCGUCACGAUGUCAUGUUUGUGUAUAUCGGAGCAUCAUCACUACUCAAAAGUGAGUACUCAUCAGUGGCUCAGGAGAUGAUAGUGUCGACGUUCUUCUUCUCCGCCAGCAGAGACGUCGUGCCCAAGGCCGUGUCUCUUCCCGCUCUUCCGGCUGUGGUGGUCUUCAAAGAUGGAGCUUACUUCAGCUACAAUGAGGCCAGCGAUGGCUCACUGAAGGCCUGGAUCAAAAGGGAGAGAUUUAGUAACUAUGCUAAAGUGGACAACUACAUGCUCUAUGCCAUGGGAGACUCAGGGAAGCUGAUUCUGUUGGCGCUGUUGGAUGAUGCCAACGUGAGCCAACAAAAUCUCAGGUACAAAAGCCUUGUGUGGAAAGUUUCGCAGGACUACAAAGAUCUUUACAGCAGAAACAUUCACUUUGGCUUCAUGGAGGGCAAUGAAUACAUCAAUGGGCUCAUCAUGGGCGAGCUGCAGCUUCCAACCAUCAUCAUGUUGAAUCUGUCCACUGACAACUACUUCCUGCCACCUGCCCCACUGGAGACAGAGCGCCAUCUGUUGGACUUUGUGGAUCAGGUUCUGGACGGCAGCAUCCAGGCUCGUGGAGGAAACGGGGUCAUUCAGCGAGUCAGACGCUUCAUUUACGACACCAAAGGCACGCUCGUGCCGCUGAUGACUGAGGCUCCGCUACUGGGCUGCUUCCUACUGGGCUUCCCGCUGGGCCUUUUGGUCUUCUUGUGCUUUGUGUGCUGGAAGGCCAAGUCUGACUACGGAACCCAAGACGACGACGAUGAUGAUGACGACGACCAACCCAUCUUCUCUCCGAGACAAAUACCCGACAAGAAGUCAGACUGACUCCGAUCGACAGAACCUCGGUGUGCUGCAAACUUUUAAAAAGUCGAUUAAAGAAAGGUUGAAAAACUUUGCAAUUGGGCGUGAAAUGGGUCCAACAUCAGACAUUCUAACAUUGGCAUGCAUUAGCAACGUGUUCCUCUUUGCUUCCGAAUGUCACAAGUUCAGCAGACGCAGUGUUAUUAAACAAGUGUGUUGUCCUGUGA